GUGUCCCAUCCACCGCCACGUGCGGCAGUGGCAGCAGCCGCCAGCUUCAAUGGAGCCACAGCAGCAGUCGGGAGAGGGCGGUGACCAGUACAAAUUGGCCAAAGAGAAGCUGGAAAGCUGGCUCAACCGCAGCAUGAAAAUACGCAUGAGCGACGGGCGCACGCUCGUGGGGUCCUUCCUUUGCACUGACCGCGACUGUAAUGUCAUCCUCGGCUCGGCGCAGGAGUACCUCAAAGGCACCGAACCAUCUUCACAAGGGGAAGCACGAGUAUUGGGUCUCGCCAUGGUGCCUGGGCAUCACAUUCUCUCCAUCGAGGUGGAGACGAAUAGCAGACACCCCCCUGACAUGUGAUGAAGCGACAUCUCUUGACCGCAGACUUGGGACUUGAAUUCCCAUAAUUUACACCUUUUAAAACAUUAGCAUUUGAAACAGAGUUCUGUGCUUAUUGCCGAUAAUGCUCUGCUUGGCCACUCCUUAACUGGAAUGCAACUGUUCAAACUCUUUGGUUCUUUCGGUAAAGUCACGUCGGUAUAAAAUAAAAUAAAUCACGACGUUUCAGGCGCAACAUUAGAUGUACAUCUGAUGUACAUCAGGUGAUGAUGGAUGCUUGUGUUGCGCCCGAAACGUCGCGAUUUAUUUUAUUUUAUACCUGUAACUUUACUGAAAGAACCAGAGAGUCUGGAUUCCUGCAGUCACGAAAGCUUCAAAUCCAUGUUGCAACUGUUCAAGUUAAGGUGGCCAUGGUAUGCGUUUAUUCAUGUGUUCCAAUAAGUGCCGAUACAUACUGUAAUGACGCUUUAAAAGCAGAAUGGAGAAUACUUUGUGAUAUGUUAAGUGAUCUGAGGCACAUCAGCACCCACUCACGUUAUAAGAAUAUGUUUUUGAAGUGUAAUGUUUGCCAAAGGUUUGGGGAUAGUUCCUCAAGUAUCGUGCUUUUGCAGUACCUUCUGAUUUGAGCAUUAAGACCCUGUGAUUUAUAAAGAGGAGUUGGCAACAAUGAUGACAUUAGUGUUGGUAUCAUGCUCAUGUGUUAGACAUUGCGUCCGCAAUAUCAAUAAAAAGUAUUUUUUUUUAUGAUUACAUGUGCUUAAUGGAUCCAGUUUCUCGAGACUGGUAUAAAUAAUGGCAAUUCAUACACAACCUUGGAAAUCUUGAGUAUACACUAGGAAGUGAAAUGGCACGUUUUGAAUAUUGUCAGUGUACAUAAGUUAUUGUUUUCUAUCAAUGUAUUGUUUACAUGCGAAAGUGUCUCAAAGAGAUAUAAGAUUGUCUAAAUAAUAGGUUACGUUUUGAUGGAAAGGCACGUCAAUGGAAACUAAGGCAAAGAUUAUGAACGUUAUGAAGUGAAUAAAAGAAACAUCUUUGCAUCAGUG